AUGGGGCAAACACGUUAUGAGUCGCAUAAAUAUGCCCGCCUUAAUAGUUUAGAAGCUUCAAGUAGGACAUACGAUGAUGAUGACCAACAGGAAAUAGUUUUGAAUGAUGAGAGUAGCAGCAGGGUUAGAUUUGGAUUGGAGAGUGACGAAGAUGUAGAUCUACAUGCACACGACCCGGGUUACUCCACUACCCGUGGUAAUUCCGCAACAAACUCGUCUACAAAAGUAAGCUUAAAAGACCGCCUCAACGACUCUCGCUUGAUGCAGAUGGCAAUAUGUUCCUUAGCGACAAUAUUACUAUAUUUAUUUCUGUCCAUAUGUCUGACAUUCUACCAGAAAGCUUUAAUAAAGGAACUUAAAUUUCCGCUAAGUAUUGUGACUUACCACCUCCUAUUGAAGCUGAUUAUUGCCAGUACGAUACGUGCUAUUUACAAGUGCGUCGUUGGCAAAUCUAGAAUACAGUUGGACUUUCGAACAUCCGUGCGAAAAAUGGGUCCCACUGGUUUAGCGAGCGGCAUCGAUAUUGGAUUUUCAAACUGGGGCUUAGAAUUAGUGCCAAUUUCACUGUACACAAUGACUAAAUCGUCAACAAUAGUGUUUAUCUUAAUAUUUGCAAUAAUGCUGGGAUUGGAAAAGAAGAGUUGGUCGCUAGUGUUUAUUGUAUCCCUGAUAGCAUUGGGACUGUUUAUGUUUACAUACAAAUCAACGCAAUUUCACGCAUUGGGAUUCGUAUUUAUUUUAGUAGCUUCCCUAAGCGGCGGCAUUCGGUGGAGCUUAGCCCAAUUUCUUAUGCAAAAGUCCAAAUUGGGUCUGCACAAUCCGAUAGAUAUGAUUUAUCACAUGCAACCCUGGAUGAUAUUAGCACUCUUGCCAUUUGUGAUCAUAUUUGAAGGAAAGUCUUUCUUUGGAGUUGUGGAUAAAUUGAGUGAGUUUUCCAGCUCAGAUAUAAGCAUGGUUAUAUUGAAAAUAACAUUUGGUGCAGCAAUGGCGUUCUGUAUGGAAGUUGCAGAAUUUUUGGUUUUAGUAAAAACGUCCAGUUUAACGCUAUCAAUUGCCGGCAUUUUUAAGGAUAUAUUCCAGCUAGCCUUGGCAGUCGCAUAUAAUGGCGAUCAACUCACUCUAGUAAAUUGUUUGGGCCUAGUUGUAUGUCUUGCGGGUAUAUCAUGCCAUAUUUUGCACAAAUAUUCAAUGCUUUCAAAAAAUGAAAUCAAUUUGUCGGGUGGAGAUGAUGAUUCUUUUGACAUGCACUACAGCGAUAAUACAGGAAGUGUCGCAUUUUCAGCAGGUCAUAGUAAUGCCGCUCAUCAAAGUGGUACCAUUAAUUCAGACCUUAACGAAGGUGGUAAGAAGCAUUCCUCUCUGACGGUCCCACUGUUGGAGGAAACAGAUUCCGAAGAUGACACACACGAAUCGCCAAAUAAAGACAAUUCCUCAGAUGUCAUAUUCGAUAUCUUGAAGCGGCGUGAUAAUCAACGGUGAA